UGAGUCUCUCUGAAUCAAUGUGGCACCAGAUCCACACAGCCAAGAGUCAAAGGGUCGCGCGAGUGGAGAUGGUGACUCACACUGACGCCUCCUCAUACCUCACUCACGCCGUGCAUUCACGCCACUCCCAUCCACAUGCUCACCCCGACUGCACCACAAUCACCGGCCACCGCUCCACGCGUUUGCCUUGUCUAGCAACAUGGACCACGAUGACGGGUCUUUCUCAUCUCAGCCUCGAUGCGAGUCGAGCAGCCAGGCAUCCCCAAGCAAGCGGCGCUACCCGGAUGUGCUCGACUCUAGUCCCGCACUCGCUACGCCCAGCACCAGUGCGACCAGCCACAGUGCGGGCAGCAGCAGCAGCGCUUGCUCGCCUUUGCUGAACAGCUCCAAGCCCACAAUCGCGCGCAACGCAUUGCUUCCAGUGGACCCAGAUGACAGCGCGGACGACGAUGACGAUGACGAUGACGACGAUGAGGAGCAGGAGCAGGAGCAGGAGCAGGAGGAGCAGCUUCAGAAUGUCGGGCGCAGCUUGUUCGGCUUUGGCUCAUCGCCCCUUUCAUUCUUGCAAGCAUCGGCUGCUGCGUCAAGGCGAGAUCGUGUGCAGGUGCGGGACGUUGGCGGCAGCAGGGCAAACACAAUCGCGCGCACACCGCCACCUGCUCGCACCAGCACCAGCGCGUUCAUCGUCAAGGGAACAGUCACACCUUCUCGCGCUGCGAGAUUUUUUCUUCCUGUCCAUGCGAACAUGCGGGGAGCGGCAGAGGCGAUCAGAAACGCAGACGCAUCUCCUUCGAGGACAGCUGCGCGCACGAGCGGUAGGAGAGGAACAAAGCGCAGUCGACGCACAGACGACGAUGCGCACAAUACCGGUCUCGCCCUCUCAUCCACAUCCAUGUCCUGGCGCUGUCCACCGCUUGACACGCUGUCGGACAGCGACUCUAGCUCGGAUCGCGAUGAUGAUCCAUUCUGCAGCUCUCCCUUGAGGAAAGUGCCGCGACAAGACCCUUUUCGUGUAGCCUCCCCGAAUGCCAGCAUUCAACUACCCUGCGCGCUUAGAGCACUCUCCAUACAGAGAGAUGUAGGCUCGGCAUGGACGAUCAUGAGAUCGGGAAUGCCUAGAUGCGCCAUUUUUGCAGCCGGUCGACGCGUCGUCCCACGCACCUCUUAUCUCGACUCCUUUGCGCCCAAGGGUCACUUUUGCCUCGACCCCAUCAUCGAGGAUGCAGGUCCCGAACUUCCGCUCUGCGGCUCCUUCAGCUACUCGGCUCGCUUCCCGUCAGGCAAUGAGUCUCGCUGGCUGGCCUCUGGCACCAACAGCGGCAAUCUGGUGCUCGUCGAUUGUGCCGACACCAGCGGGCAGCGCCAGUUGGCGUGGAACGCGCAUCGCGGAUCCACCUUCGAUUUGGCCUGGCGAGACGAUGAUAGGCGUAUCUUGAGCGGAGGUAGCGACUACUUUGUCAAGAUUUGGGAUGCCGAGACCGGACUUUGCACCGGUACCUUUGCAGGACACUCUGGAUCUCCGCGCAGCGUAGCGUGGGACCCGACGUCCGCUUCAGGAUCGCUGUUCUCUAGCGCCGGCAGGGACGGGAGUGUCCUCGUCUACGACGAUCGGGUGCAAAAUCAUGGCAGCGCAGAUGCAAGCCAACCAGUGCUGCGCAUCGACUGCGCUCAUCCGAGCGCCGUCUCGAUGCGCGGCAAACGAGCAGCAAGAGGGACUAGCACAGCUGCCAAAGGAGUCAUGAGCUUGGUCUAUCUACCCACACGAGGUCAGCACGCCAUCGCGUCGGCGGGAUGCGCAGAUGGUGUCGUCAAGAUGUGGGAUUUGCGUCACGUCGGAGAGGAAUGCGCUGCAGUCGACUUCGACGCUUCGAGCAGAGGAGCACUUGCGGACGUCACGAAUGUGGCAAAGAGCAGCGGCGCGCGCGGCAAGAAGCGCAGCAGAGCCGCUGAGCGAAAGGAUGGCGAGAUGAGGCCAUGCGCUAGCAGUGCCGACGUAUCUGCUCGUCAGCACGGUUGCGUCAAGAGUUCGCAUGGCAUCUCGUCCCUUGUAGCUAGCGAUACGGACCUAUUUGCAGCCAGCACAGAUGGACACAUUCAUGCUCUCUCCAUUGCCGGUCUAGCGAGUUCCGCGAUCUCGACCAUGGGCAUCACCUCCUUCGCGCAUCCAUCGCACAAGGGCAACACGCUCUACGCCCGUCUGGCGUUGGCGCCGGAUCAACAAACGCUAGCCCUAGGCUGCAGGAAUGGCGAUGCGACGUUCUGGCACAUCAAGGCUGCCAUGGCUCAGCCUAACGCUCGACCUGCCGUCCUGAGAUCGCCCUUAUCGAAUGCGGAAAUCAACGCUGUAGCCUUCAUGAGCGAUAGCGAGCACGGAACAAGUCUCGCGACGCUUGCCGACGACUUUAUCGUCCGGCUCUGGGCUCCCUCUACUUGACGUGCCCUGGCGUGUGGCGAGAGGCGCAGGAGAGAGCUCUCGAUGCGUUCUUGUCGACGGCCUGCUCGACCAGAUCUCAUUCGUACUCCUGCAUGGGGUCAACAUUUGUACAAGCAUAUCCCCAUCAACCCCCGCACUUGCGAUGCAACCCAUUCAUACUGUGAAGAGGCCCACGCGUGCUCAUCCGGGAUCCUCUCUCUGACGCAACGCAUGCCUCGUGAGGGGUGUCCGAUACGAUUGCGUCUUCCAUAGGAUUGCGAGUAGGCGAAACGUUUUUGGGCGCUACAUGCACUUGUACUUGUAGCGCUGCGCUGAGUAUACGCCCGGCUACGAAUGGGCGAGGAUGGCUGAGGAGGUAGGAGCACGCACGCAGAAGACUGGAUCGCUAUCACUGUCA